AUGCGACUGUACGUUUUCAUUUUGCUGAUGGCUUUGCUGAGUCGUGUGUGGUGUGUGCGCGACAUGGUAGAUGACGACGAGGCACUGGAGUCGGGUCUGAAGGCCAGGAGCCAGCCGAAACCCGAGGAAGACCAGGAUGCUGCCGGCCUCGAUGAGGAUGAUGAGGACGGCGAGCCGGAUCGAGACAAGGAUGCAUUUGAGGGUACGGCAAAGGAUGGAGUGCAGAUCGAGGGCGCCGUGGCGGAAUUCAGCACUGCCACGAAGGACGCAGAGAACAAAGCCAAGAUGGUGGACAAGAACUUUGCCAAGUACAACGGAAGGUUGGGUCAGCUUCAAGAUCAGUUGCGCAAGCUGUCGGCUAUGGCCAGAAGCUAUCACAUGCAGACCAUCAAGUGGUUCAAGAACGCAGAGCAAGACAAGUACUCACCGAUUGCCAACAUGCCAUUGGACACUUUCAAGAUUUCGAAAAGCAAGGACGAUUUUCCUCUAGAGUCAGUCUCCUAG